CGAUGGGCCAUUGUCAUAUAAGACCGAGAAUCCUCGUUAAAAACCAGGGAGGACGUACAGGGUCCCUACAUCUUCUGACAUCAACCACCCUUAUAAAAAUUGUUGUCUAAGUAGUUUCUACAGAUUCCUUCCGAUCGGAACCGAAGGUGAUCAGAUCCAAAAACUCUAACCCUACUCUCUCUCUCUUUCUCUCUCUGAAGAGGCAGCAGCAGCUGCUCUCUUCCCCAAUCCUUUUUCUUCAAUGGCUGGAACGAGGACGGGUCGUGAUCGUGAGAUGCUGGAUUCCAUCUAUUCCGUCAUCGCACUCGUCUUCAUCCUCGUCGCUUGCGUCGAGCUCUGCGAUGCUGCUACCGUCGUUGACGUCUACCGCCUGAUCCAGUACGAUCUCGCCGGAGCCCCCUUUGGGUCCCGUCUCGCGGGCCUCAACCACCACGCCGGCUCGUUGCCCUUCCCCCUGGGCGCCGAUCUCUCCCGCACCGUCGUCAUGGUGCCCGUCCGAGAAGUGAAUCUCACUUCUCUGAGAGAAUAUAUUACAAACAGACAACCAUUGGGGGGCUUGCUACUUUUGCUUCCUCAAAAAUUUGGUGAUGAAAAUCAAGAGGAGACUAAAGAUGGUGGUCCAAUCAAUGAAAAAGUGCUCAUAAAAAGCAUAUUGGCUGAUUUGGAACAACUACUUGUACAUGCCAACAUACCUAGUGCUUUUGUGACUGGCACAUAUAUUUAUUUAUUGCUGCAGUAUCCUGUGUACUUUGCUUUUGAGGAUGACAACAUUGAUGCUGUAUUAGCUGAUGUGAAGAGGAAUGAUGCAACUGGUCAGCCUGCCACUGCAACGACUGGCGGAUACAAGCUUGUUGUGUCCACACCAGAACCGAAGAAGCUUGCCUCUCCAACCAUUACAAACAUUCAGGGAUGGUUGCCAGGGCUGAAGGGAGAUGGGGAUGCCAAUCAGCUUCCAACCAUUGCUAUAGUAGCAUCAUAUGACACAUUUGGUGCUGCACCAGCAUUAUCUGUGGGAAGUGAUAGUAAUGGGAGUGGAGUUGUGGCACUUCUAGAGAUAGCCAGACUAUUUUCUCGCCUUUAUUCGAAUCCGAAUACAAGAGGGAGAUAUAACUUGCUUUUUGGGUUAACAUCUGGUGGACCUUACAACUACAAUGGAACUCUUAAGUGGCUUCGGAGUUUUGAUCAACGACUACGUGAAAGCAUUGACUAUGCUAUUUGCUUGAAUAGUAUUGGUUCAUGGAAUAAUGAAUUAUGGAUUCAUGUGUCUAAGCCUCCAGAGAAUGCAUAUAUAAAGCAAUUGUUUGAUGGUUUCUCAAAUGUUGCUGAAGAAUUGGGAGUUAACAUUGGAAUAAAGCACAAAAAGAUAAAUAUUUCAAAUCCACGAGUAGCUUGGGAGCAUGAGCAGUUUUCAAGGUCGAGAGUCACUGCUGUCACUCUUUCUGAACUUUCUGCUGCACCUGAACUAUUAGAGAGCAGUGGAGGUUUAUAUGACAGCAGGCAUUUUGUGAGUGAAACAGCAGUCUUGAAAAGCGUCAAAUUGGUUGCUGAGAGUCUCGCGAGGCAUAUUUAUGGUUACCAAGGAAGGAACAUUCAGAUUUUUUCAGAUGACAGUAGCUUGGCCGUCAAUCCAUCUUACAUACGCUCGUGGUUGGAUCUUUUGUCACGGACACCUAGAGUUGCACCCUUUCUGUCAAAGACAGACCCAUUUAUUGCUGCAUUGAAGAAGGAAUUAUCAGAUCAUACCGCAGAGGUGAACAUGCAGCAUGAGGUGCUUGAUGGGAUGUUUAGUUUCUAUGAUUUGACAAAAGCCAAGCUUAACAUAUAUCAGGUUGCAAGUGUAACAUUUGACCUGCUUCUACUACUAGUUUUGGGAUCCUAUUUGAUUCUCCUCUUCAGUUUUCUUGUCAUCACAACAAGGGGUCUUGAUGAUCUCAUCAGUAUAUUCCGAAGACCUCCGUCUCGUAAGUUAAAGACAGCAUAGAGGGUAGCUAGUUCAAUGGCAGAAGUGUUGUUGGGGUGUCAUCAUAUUUAUCUUGUCGAAUGCCCCCUUUGUAGGUUAAUAUCUAGAAUGCCCCUCUGUAGGUUCAUAUCUCCACUGAUACGUUUCAUCUGUCCAUCAACAAAAAUGGAUUUUUUCUUCCAAGAAUGAAGAGAACUUAGAAAUUUUGAAUUCCUUUA